AUGUUGUUAUCGUCAGAGCAGACGAUUGCAUAAAAUUUCAGUGCCAACAUGGCUUUAAAAUUGAGUGGUGUGCUGAAUCAAUGGAAGAAUUUCGACCUACCGACCGUACAGCGGGAGCUGGACGCCGAGGUGGCCGGAAUGGGUCAACGCCAGGACGAAAGUGAAGCGGCCCGCAAGCAACUCAUCGAGCUCAGUCGUGAAUUCAAAAGAACAGCCACUGAGGAGACCAAAGGUCAAGUGGCGCCGUUAUUGAAGAGCUUCCAAUCGGAGAUCGACAAGUUGGGUCAACGAAGCAAAGCUGCCGAAGUUGCGUUUCUCGGAUUGUACAAGAAAUUAACUGACGUCACCGAUCCGGUGCCUUUAUUGGAAAUGACGAAUGGGUUGCAGGCUAAAGCGGCCCGGAUGCAGGACGUCGAUCUGGAAGUGAAACAAUUGCGCGAGACGCUAGCCGAGUACAACGAGGAAUUCCGUCAAGUCCGCAACCAAGAGGUGACAAUCAAGCAGCUGAAGGAGAAGGUCCGCCAAGCUGAAGAAUCCCUGGAACUAAUAGUUCAGAGUCGAGUAGAGGAGCACGAGGACGUCCUAAGGAGCCAAUUCGAGGAGAGGGAACGUGAGUUGGUCGAGUUGAACCGACUGACUGCCCAUCGUUUGGCCCAAGCCGAAUCGAAAUUCGCCGCCCAGCAAGCCACUGUCACUGAACUGCAGUCGGAACUGUUCGACGCAAAAGCCGGAGCCGAAGUCAUUUCCCAUGCCAAGCUCGACGAAAUUGAAAUAUUAAUGCAGGAUCUGGAUCGAGCUAAUCAGCGUGCUGUUUUGGCCGAAAAGGAAUUGUCUGUCCUCAAAGAGCAAUUUGAGAGAGCUGAAGACAGCAGCAAGCGGCAGCGGCUUAGCAGCGAUCAGGCCAAUGAAGCUCCACCUCCACCCAACAUGGACACGCCCCUCGACGUGAUGGGCAGACCUUCAUUACUCGAACUAGCCGCCAAGGAAAAAGAGGUUCAGACAUUGAUCGAGGACGUACAGAAAUUGCAGUCGACGUUGAACCAGUUGCGCGAAUCAUCUGCUCGCCAAUUGUCGAAUUUCGAAGAAGAACUGCAGGUGCGCGGUCGGCACAUUCAGCGAUUGGAAGCUCAACUCGAAGCGCAAAAAGACUACCAGGAAAUCCGGCGCGAACUCAGUAUCUUGAAAUCGAUCGAGUUCCCGCACCUGUCGUCGACCGUCGACGACGAAGAGGAGGACGAGCGUCGCGAAGACACUGCCAAGAAAUCGGACAAAGUAUCCACUUCCGCAUCAGCUGGCGGUAACAAACCGUUAGAGGUCUUGCUGCUGGAACGCAAUAAAGCUCUCCAGUCGGAGAACACGGCGCUCAAAGUCGCCAACAGUGAGCUGCAAGGAGAAGAAGAAAAAACAGUGACACUUCCGUUGGAAGAAACAUCACCUCCAUCACCUCCGCCUUCGUCUUCCUCGUCGGCAUCGCCCGGUCCGGCCGCCUUGUCUUCCAGCGACGCCAUCGACGCCGGUACGGCCAACGACAACAACAACAAGAGCAAGACGACAGAUUGCCAAGGCGAUCAUUCUGCGAGCAACAACAACAACAACAACGACGACGACGAAGACGACGACGACAUGCCAUCGUCGACGCGACUCGGUUUGAACAGCCCGAUGGCGGCGGCGGCGGCAGCAGCUGCGGCGGCCGCGUCGGCAUCGGUCGGCGCUCACGUCGGUCCACCCCCUCCGUUUUCGCCUUUCGUCGGCGCAGUUUCCGCCUCCGGUCUGAUGGGUCCGCGACACUUGCCGCCCGUCUUCCACCCCGUUUUGGGCGGACUCGGAUCGCUCGGACAUUUCUUCAACGAAGACAUGCUGCUCCACUGGCGGCGAUCGCUCGAAGCUUCCAUGUUGAGCCAUCACCAUCAGCAGCAGCAGCAAUUACAGCAACAGCAACAGCAACAACAGCAACAGCAGCAAGAGCGACGCUUGACGUCGCCCGAUCGCGCCAGAGCCUCCAGUCCCGGCAGCGACAACGGUGUUGAGGAAAACAGCAGCAGCUUGUUUGGCCAGCGGACGCCGACGAGAACGACGACGGCGACGGCCGACGGGCCGUCCACUACGCCAACUAACGCACCCAGGUGUCCGUCUACGCCGAGCGGCCAGCAGGGGCAGCAAGUCAACACAUCGACGCCUAAUUCAUGCGGUAUUACCACUCUACCCGGCUGGCCUAGCUGGGAAGAUUCGCACCUUGCCCGGCUUCAACAGGAAUUCAUCAGCCGAGGUGGCGUUUAUCCAGGUUUCGGCGGGCCGGGCAGCGUCAACAGCCUGGCUGGCGGUGCCGGCCUAGGCAAUGGCAGCCUGGACGGUGGCGACGGACCGUCAGCGGCGGCGCUGGCCUCGCUGAUGUCCCUUCCCGAAGGUUUGACGUCGUUGUUGGCCAAGAGCAACCCGCUCGAGGCCCGUCUGCAGGAGAUGCUGCGCGCCACGAUGGAGCGCUACGCCAGCCAAGCGCUGGACACGUUGGCCAUUUCGCGCGGCGUCCGCGAGCUCCUCUCCAUGCACAACAUCGGCCAGCGUCUCUUCGCCAAGUUCGUGCUCGGCUUAUCGCAAGGCACCGUCUCCGAGCUGCUCUCCAAACCGAAGCCGUGGGACAAGCUGACGGAGAAGGGACGCGAUUCCUAUCGCAAAAUGCACGCCUGGGCAUGCGACGAGGCCGCCAUUUUGCUCCUCAAGUCCCUCAUUCCACGCAAAGGAAAAGAAACCGGGGGAUCGUCAGUAGCGACCAAGACGGAAGAGAGCGCCGUUACCGAGGAACGCAUCGCCCACAUCCUGCACGAAGCCAGCGCCGCUCUACGGGCGCAACAAGUCGACGAUUCGGGUAGCGACGAGAGCAAACCGCCCAGCCAAACACAGACGCCAUCACCCGGCCCGAAAGUGGAACCGAUCUGCCCAUCGGCUGGAGCCAAUGCCACACCAACGUCUAGUGCCACUACCACCACUACCACCCCCACCUCUUCGUCUAGCCAUCACCACCACCACCACCACAACAACAACAACAAUAGUAGCAGCAGUGCUAAUCUGUUGUUGCAACAACAACAACAACAGCAACGUCGCGGACGCAAACCAGAUCACGACGAUAUCUCGCAAGAGCAAGUGCUGCGCAUCUAUCACGACGAACUGGCCAAAAUGAUGUCGGCAGGCUCGUCGACCGCAUUCAAUCCAGCCGCUUUUAAUCCGGCCCACCUAUCCGGAUUAUCUGCCCUGGCAGCUGGAGGCGGUCCCAGAGCCAUGGCAUCCAAUCUCCGCGACUACAAUAGAUCGUACACUAGCGCACUCUUUGAGCGGACACCCGAAGAGAUCCGCAUGGCUCUCGAUGUUUACCAACAGGAGCUCAACCGGUUGAUGCAGCCGCCGACGUCAUCGAACGCCACCAAUGCGACGACGACGGCGACAGCCACAACGGCAGCCGCUGGCCAUUUGACAUCGACGCCCGUCGGCAGCGCCGGAAGCCAACAUCAAUCGACGACAAGCAUAAGCGGACACGUGAGCAAUGGUUUCCCUCAAGACCUGUCGCUACCCAAAAGCGCCACGGGGGCCGGAAGCGUGCGGAGCGACGAGGAAAGCUCGGAGCGGGACGUGGCCAAAAUGAGAUCAGCUGUCGGCUCGGCUGCCAACAACAAAUCGUUGCUGCUCACGCCGGGCGAGAAUGGCGAACGCAGUAGGAGCGUCGCUGGAGAGACGGCCAGCAGCAAUUUAGCGCACAGUUCGUCGAAAUCGACGGACAAUGCCAUGGGCCUCUACAUGCCUCAUUCGCUGCACAACAUUCUUCGGCCGUCUUCCAGCCUGUCGCCGGACGAAUCCAGUACGGCGACGACAGGAGCCGCCGGAAGUGGCGCUGCCGGUGCGGGUGUGACGGCUGCAAAUGGCGGCGUAGCUUCGCCGUUGCAGCGCAUCGCGUCCAUCACCAACUCGUUGAUGUCGCAGCCGGCCAAUCCUACGCUGCCGCAGGUGACGCAACGACCGAUGAAAGCCAUCUUGCCUCCCAUCACUCAGCAACAGUUUGACACCUACCAGAACCUCAACACGGAGGACAUCGUCAAAAAGGUGAAAGAACAGCUGAGCCAGUAUUCUAUUAGCCAGCGAUUGUUUGGCGAGUCGGUGCUGGGCCUCUCUCAGGGAUCCGUGUCGGACCUGCUGGCCAGGCCUAAACCGUGGCACAUGCUGACUCAGAAAGGGCGUGAACCGUUCAUCCGGAUGAAAAUCUUCUUGGAAGACGAGAACGCCGUCCACAAGUUGGUGGCGUCUCAGUACAAAAUCGCACCGGAGAAACUGAUGCGGACGGGCGGCUAUUCCGGAUCGUCACAAUCAGCUUUGAAGAACUCGGUGGCCAAGAUGAUGACACCCACAUCAAUGCCGGCCACGUCGCCGGCCAUGUCGGCCAGCGGCAAUUCGACUGGAGGUAUGGAUUUGUCGCCAAAUAGCCUCGCCCAUUCGGCCAUGGCUCUGCACGGCCUCAGAGGCCCCACCAGCGCCCUCGCAUCGCUGACACACGGAGCUGGAAUGGAUUUGAAUUCGUCCCUUUCCGGACGGACGAGUCCCAUCCCGACUGGGUUGACUUAUGGCGCCACGUUGGCGCAUUUCAUGUCUGCCCAGUCGAGCCUCAAUCAGCGCAACCUCGCGUCCCAUAUGGCGCAACAGCAUCAACAGCACCAGCAACAACAACAACAACUGCAUCCAUCUCCAGUUCUGGUCAAGAGCGAAAAGAAUUCCGGCUCUGCUAGCGUCAGCAAAUCGUUGUCCAGCACUCAGCUGGGCGGCCAUAAUAACAAUAGCACUAGUAACGGUAUGACGCCCAGUCCGAUGGACGACAAUUCGACCCCAUCAGCCGGCCACGGUUUAUCCGGAUCAGGAAUUCCGACCUUGGCGGCCUAUUCACUUCCGGCGCACAGCGUCUACGAGCUGGCGGCGUUGACCCAAGAGCUCGACACCCAGGGAAUGACGACCAAGAUCAAAGAAGUCCUCCUGGCCAAUAAUAUCGGACAAAAGAUCUUUGGCGAGGCUGUGCUGGGCUUGUCGCAAGGCUCCGUCUCUGAAUUGCUGUCCAAGCCGAAACCGUGGCACAUGUUGAGCAUCAAGGGCCGAGAGCCGUUCAUCCGCAUGCAGCUGUGGCUGAGCGACCCGCGCAAUAUCGAACACAUCCAGCGAUUGAAGACGGAACGACGGGAGGCCGGCAAGCGCCGACGCGAUCUGGGAUUCCCGAUGAGCGCUGCCGAUACGGCCGGACCCAAUUCCAACGCUUCGAGCAAUACCAAUUCGUUCAUGGGCGGCGAUAAUUCGAGCAACGAUGGCUCGAUGGGCGGAAGCCCGUCUCCUUACAGCGGCAAUGCGAACCACCACCAUCAAGCGACGGGCGCUGGCGCUUCGCUGUCGUCGUCGUCGCCGUCGCCGGCCAAGAAGCAGCGCAUACUCUUCUCUGACCAGCAGAAGGAAGCGCUCAAGUUGGCCUUCAGUUUGGACCCGUACCCGAGCACAUCGGUGAUGGAAUUUCUGGCCCAAGAGCUCAACCUGUCCACUCGGACCAUCACCAACUGGUUCCACAACCACCGCAUGCGCCUCAAGCAACAGCAGUCCAACUCUUUGGAUUGCCCCGCCAAGGAAGAGAUCUCGUCAUCCGCUUCGCCGGCCGCCAUGGUCAACGGUGGCCGUGAAAGUUCGGGCCAGUUUGAUCCCAUCCACUUCCGGCUGCUCUUCCAUCAGCGUCUGUUUGAAAUGCAAGUGGCUGCGGGCGAGGACGCUUCAGGACACGCCGCCGCCGCCGCCACAGGUGGUAGCGGUAGCGGUGGUCAUCACCCUGGCGCCGGCGCCGGUGGUAUGAAUUUACCCGCCUCAUUGGCCGGCCUGCCGCCCCAGUUGGCGGGCAAUUUGAACAUGAUGGCGUCGCUCGGUAUGCCCUACCCGUUCUACGCCACUGGCAUGUUGUCGCAAUUUUGUAUGGGACUGGGCAACCCGUCGCCGGACAUGGCGCCCGGCGCCGAGGGGCCUCGAUUUGACGUUGGCCAGGCAACGCGUUGCCGCCCUCGCUCAGAGCGAUUCGGAAGCUGAAGAAAGCGAUUGCGAGUCAGACACGUCCAGCCGGACGGGGCCGACGACAGCGCAGCACAGACGUGACGGACGACCCCCUGCCAAGAUGGCCAGUCCCUUAAUGACGGCCAUGGCUGCGGUGAAGACGGCGGCUGGCAAUCACCUGAGCAUGUCGUCUCAAGAGGAGCCGGCCGCGCAGGCGGCCAGAUCGUCUCGUCGCAGCCGCAAACCUGCCGCUCCUCAGUGGGUCAAUCCGCACUGGCAACAGAAUUCGGCCACCCGCGAACGCGACCGUUUAGAAUCGGAAGACGGCCGUGACAGUAGCGAAGAGCGUGACAAGAAGAAAGCCAAACUGUUGUCUUCUCGCUUUCAUCACAGUGUCGAUGCUAAUUUGAAUAAUUUCGUUGAGACGGACGCUAAAAUGGCCGGCGGUCAAAGUUCGGCCGAUGACGAUAAAUACGACAACGACGAGGACGAAGACGAUGAGGAAGACGAGUCGGCCAGCAACAAAUUCAACCAUCGGCACAUUACUAGCCCGUCUCGUCGGUCGUCACCUUCCCCAUCGCCCUCCUCCGAUGAGGACAAGAUGGACGACGAUCAGGAAGCCAAAGACGAUGAUAACAACGAACAUUCUUAACCCCAUCUCAAUGGCGAGACACUUUCGGUCUGCUGUGGUUAUAGUGUGCGUGUGUGUUUAGUGAAGCGAUGGCCACACAGCCAGUUGGAAGCUGAACUUGUACGUCUAGACGUUUCUGUGCUCCAUCGCCUUUCUCAUCACGCAAACUGCUGCACUCCCCCCUUUCCUCCACCUCCUCCUUCUUCAGUGUCUCCCGUUUAUCUAAUGUGGGAAAAAGAGAAAGAGAGAGAGAGAGAGAGGACAAAACGUCACAACACAGCCGAAAUGGGGUUGGAUUCUUUAAAGAAAAGAAGAAAAAAAAUCGUUUUUAAAUAAUUUAUAUUUAAAAGUUUUUUUAGUCAGAGCAAAUUCCGCUCUCAAAACAGAUAAGGAGACAAAAAUCGAUAUGCGCUGACCGAAUGCAUGCGUGUGUAUGCCUGUUUGUUGUUAUUAUAAAUAUGAUUAUUAUAUAAUUCAGUUGUUUGGUAGGCAUUUUUGCGGGAAGGAUUAAUUUUUUUUUUCUUUUUUACGUGUGUGAUAAUCGGCGAUUAAUUUUUAGCCGAACGCAGGUCUCGUCAAAGUGCCACUUGGUGGUCAGAACGGACAGACGGGAAUGGGUGGCGAAAGGGCUGCUGAAUAAUUAAAAAUAAAAAAGUAUCAAAUAAAAAAUGGGGACAAAGUUUAUUAGCCACCGAAUUUAUUCAAAGAAUGGAAACAGCAAAAAAAUAAAUAAAAAAUACGUACGCUGUUAUCUAUAGGAUGAGCAAUUUCCUUCCUCCUUUGUCUUUCUCCCCUUAACGUCUAUCCAAAAAGAAAAGUCCUCCCCAGAAAGAGUGGGGGAGGGGGGGAGGAUGCGUGACAUUUGCUUCGUGUUAACGUUCGUUACCAGUUCCUCUUCUUACGACGCCAGUCUUUUAUUUUUUUCGAUCCUGUUUUAUAUCUCUUUUUAUUUUUUCAUUUACUCGGUUGCUCCCGUUCCAUUCGUAUGUAGUUGACACCAACAUACACACACCCAUCCGGUGUAGGGGCGCAUCAAAAAAAGUUUUGUCGCCCGCCUAUUUUGCAUUGAUUGCGGCAAAAAAAAAAAAACUAACAAACAAAACAAGAGAAACAGAUACAAAAGUAAGAGCUCGCGUACGUGCGCGUGUGUUUAUGUUUCAUUCCUUCCUUCCCCCCUUUUUUUUUUCCCACCGGGAUUUCUUAUUAACCAAUUAAAUUAUUUGAGAAAAGAUAAGGGAAAAGUUAAAGAAAAUUUAAAUGCGGGGAAUAGAAGUUUCUUGUACUCGUCUACUCAUCCGACUCCAAAGAUGUCGUCUUCUUUUGUUUGUUUGUUUGCUCCCGAUUUUUUACUUGUUAGAUGUUGUGUGAAGGGGAUUAGUUUUCUUUUACGUCUUCCUCAAUUCGUAACGAGAAAUAAGACGAAAGAGCAGCUUUCCAUUUGGUUUUAUUUUUCCCGCUUCUUAAUCCGUUCUGACCUCCAAUUUUUGUUCUUCUUUUUUCUUUUUUUUUUUUACAUAAUUGAUGAAAUCGCAAAGGUCUCUAAAUCGUAACAAUGGCCCAGUGAAGUGCGUGUGUGUUUACAAUUUUCUUUUCUUAAUUACAUUGCGAUGGUUUGUUUUUUUCCUUUUCUAUCUAACCCAUUACAGUAGGAAAUGGGAUGGGAUGAGAAACGAAACUUAAAAAAAAAAAAUAAAUAAAAUUUAAAAAAACAAAAAAAAAAGGUUUAAGUAAAUAUAAAAACUUGUCCGGUAUUAAAUCUCUCGGUUCGUUUGUUGGUUUUUUUUUCAGUUUCGUGCCGAUAAAAGCUGUAAUUUUCUUGCUUCUCUUCUGCUAUUAUCGUCUGUUUAAUGGUUUCAUUACCGCACAGGUGAAAAUGAAUUUCGUUAUUCAUUUUGUUUACGUUCUCCAUUUUUAAAACGUAUGCAUGUUGGUCUAGCGCGCCAUAGGAAUUGUGUCCCUUUUUUUGCCAGAGAUGAAUCAUUUUAAAACUGUAGUAGUUAAGUUUGAAACAAACAAAUUUGCAUACCCAGACAGAAAGGUUGAAAAGAAAUUGCAUUUGUCGAUGUAAAUAGAUGAUUUUUUUUUUGUUUAAAUUGUCACAGCCCCCGAUAUAUAUUUAUACAUAUAUCCGGUCCCAUCCGAAAAAGAAAAAAAAAAAACUCUGCCCUUUCCCCCUUUUUAACCUCAAUUUUUGAAAAACGGGCUGGGAUGUCGAUGUUUAAGGGUGGGAGAGUAUUAAUUAUUUUCGGCUGUGUACGUUCGUUUUCUCUCUUCCCGCAAAACCCGCCCCUCGAAUAUUUCUCCCGUCUCAUUCUGCCCAUAUCCCCCCGAUGAUUGUAACUAUAUAUUUUUCUGACUUAUCACAAUUGAUGUAAUCGCCCUCGUAUGCAGAGCGUAUUUGGAGGAAAGGUUGUUGAUUUCUUUUUCUUUUCUUUUUUUUCUUUUCAAUGUUUUUUUUUUUUGUUUGUUUUUUGAGGGGAAAAAUAAGGAAAUCAGUUUUUAUUAUUUUUUGUUUUCGGCGUUUCGUCUUUCUCCCUGUGGGCCUCCUCGUCUAAUGUUCGUUCAAGUAUUCGUGCGUGAUGCCAGCCUCUGUGUGCGUGUGUGCGUUCUAUAAUAUAGAAACAAAAGAAAAUCGUCUUUUUUUUUUUUUUUUUUAGAUAUUCCUCGUGCAACAUAACUGUUGAAAGACUGGGAAAAAGCAACAGAGUGUUUUGCUCUUAUUUCUCGGCUGUGUACCGUCUUUUGUUUUAUUCCUCCCUCAGCCUAAACUUGAAAUCUGUUCAGUUGUGUCAUUUUUUUUUUUUUUUAAAGAAGAAACAGAUUUAGAGUAAGGCUAAAAAAGACAACCGACUGUUGUCUGUGUGUGCGUGUUCUCCUUUUGAUUCAUUCGCCCGCAAAUAAGUGGCGAAUUCGUGUGUCAUGCCAUGGCCAAUCCCCGUGAUGAGUUCAUCCAAUACUUCUACGGUCUCCCUCUUUUUCUGCAAACCCAUUCUUCUUGCUCGUUCCUUGCUCGCAACGCACGUUUGCCACUCGCUAAUCGAAUCCCGCACACAGGAAACACACAUGUAAAAUCCCUCCCGAUUCCCUAUUCUCUUCCCUGUCCCUCUCUCAAGAUUUUGCAUUGUGGUAGCGUAAAAAAAAACGUGUCCGACCUGCGAGUCUUUUGAUGAAACAGCGGGAAAAGAAGAAAAUAAUUUUUAUUUAUUUUUUUUUUUUAUGUUGGGUUUUCUGCUUAUUGCGUGAAUUUUUCUGCCCGGCAGGUCUCGAUUAUUAUUUUUUCUUUUCAAUGUUUCAUUCUUUCUUGCCCCUUGCAAAUUUGUUUUCUUCGAUUUCGUGUUUGUCGUUUUUCACGAUGACGCAAUGAAAAACAAACCAACCCAAAUCUUCCAAAUUCCACAUAACAAAGUAGAAAAGAAAAACAAAGGAAGAAAAAGAAAUUGUGUGUUUCAUUUAUUGUACAUAACUACAAUUCAUUUGAAUUGGGUAAAACAAAACAGACGGGCAUAAAAACAAAAGGCGCAAAACACUAGACGGGAUUUAAUUCUGUUUCUUAUUUUGAAACAACUGUUUUAACCUUUUGAUUUGAUUCCCCACGCCCCUUUCAAUCUUUUCCCCUCAGCACACGGACUGACUGCCCCUUGUGUUUCUGUCACAUAAUCGUUUCUGUCCUUUCGUCCAGAAAGCACAGAAUUUGAAUGGAAGAAAAUACAAACAAAACAAAAAACCGAAGAUGUGUUCUCGAAAACGAACCAUCCCAUCUGUAUAAUCUCGUUUUUCCAUGGCCUUAUAUAUAAAAUUUCUUUGACAAAACACAAAAAAGGAAAUCUUUUUUUCUUCUUUCUUUUGUUUUUUUUUUUUAUUCUCUCGUUCUUUUUCUUCUUAUUUCCAUCUUUUAACUUGCCCUUUCUUUCAUCUCUCUAUCUCUUGUCUGUUUCUCUCGACUCUCCACCUCCUCCAGUGUAUAUGUAUGUUUUGUCACCUUGUUUGUUCAAUCGUGUGUCGAUCCCCCCCUCCUCUCCUCGCCACUGGCCCUGUUGUCUUCUUUCCCGUUUUCCUCCGGGAAAGGAAAAGAAAGAAAGAAAAAAAAAGGGAAGGAAGUAACAGAAAAGACGAUUUCUGAUCUUUUGCUGUGUAUAUUUCCCGAUUUUUUUUUUUUUUUUUUAGGGGGCCAUCCCCACCCACGACCUCUCUCCAAUAUCUUGUUCGAUUUCUGAAACUUAUUGAUUGACAUUUUUUGAUCGCGUUUUUGAUUUUCCUUGGAUAUUUCAAUCAUUACACUUGUUCCAUACGCUGA